AUGCCCAUCAUCAUGACGGCGCUGAACAGAGGCAUUCAGUUCUACACAUUUGAGACCGUCAAGGCAUGGCUGCUACGAGCCAAUCAGAAGCACCCAAAAACGUUUCAGCUGCCCGACUCGCUACCUCCCAGCUCAGUGGCAGGGGGAGCAGCAGGCCUGGCUGCCACUCUCCUCCUCUACCCCUUCUCUGCUGUCGGUGACCACAUGAGCCUGCAGCCGGGAAAGUACCCUGGUCUGCGACAGGCCCUGGUGGGGGUGGCACAGCAGCACGGUGCCUCACAGCUGUUCCGAGGGGUGGUGCCGAAGCUGGCGUCGAUGGUUCCCGCCUCUGCCAUCAACUUCCUCGUCUUCGAGUCGCUGAAAGAGGAGAUCAAGAGGCUGAGAAAUGGCAAAGACCCGUCUGCAGCGCACAUGCUCAUUUCCGGCGCCAUCGCAGGAGCAGCCUCCACUAUAGUCACACACCCAUUCGAGCUCUGCCGGCGCGAAAUCAACAUGAGCUUGCUGCCAAAACACGCCACCCCCACGGGCGGGCACCUGGAGUACAACUCACUUCGCCAGGCAAUGAGGGGGAUAUUGAGGAAGGAGGGGGUGAGGGGGCUGUACAGAGGGGUGCUGCCGAGCCUCAUUGAGCUGGUUCCAGCGACGGCAAUUGGGUUCUUGGUGUAUGAGAUGGGGAAGAGGGUGAUGGUGGCCGAGGGGCAGGAGAGGAGGGAUGAGGUCGACUUCAAAUGGACCAGCUCAAGCACUCAACUUGCAGCCAAGGCUGCUCUUGUCGUGGUUGAGUCUCCUACUGUGAAAGAUGAGGUCCCUGCUGUCCCUGUGGCGGUCCCUGCUGGCUCGUUUGUUGUCCCUGCUGCCUGUGUGGUUGUCCCUGCUGUCUCUGUGGCGGUUCCUGCUGACCUGCUCGAAACUGCUACCAGCUCUGCUGAACCCGCUGCUCUGUCAACUUUGGUCGUUCCUCCUGUCUCGGCUGUUACACCCCGCUGCUCGGCUGAAGAAUUUUUCGGUUUAGUUGAGAACUCUAUCUGCUCGGUUGAGGAAGCGUGGUGGUUGGCUCCGGAGUCUGAGGAGGUGGCUUCCUGGUUCCUGGUUGCUGAGGUAUUUGAGGAUGUGAUUAUGGGUUUGGAAGCGCAGAAAGGUGUAGAGCUGGAUGCAGAUGCAUACGAGGAUGCGACAAUGGGUUCUGAGGCACGGAAAGGUGUGGAGAUGAAAGCUGAGGUGGGUGCAGAGGCGAGCAGCAGGCGGUGCAGCCUGAGUCAGACUGACAGCAGCUGCAGCAGCCACAGUGCGUGUCUUAUCGACCCCACUUGGGAUAGCUGCUCGUCCACUUCUGCUGAUAGCCUGUGUGGUUCUCACAGGGACUUGGUCUCAGUUGUAACCUGUGGGAAGAAGGGGAUUGGUCGACGCAUCAGCGGCACUGGGAAGGGCUGGAUUAUGGACAUGAGGGGUUCUGGGAAGGCUGAUGGGGGGACUGCUUUCUCGAACCAGCUCUUUGGGGACGAUGAGGAGGAUGAAGAUGCCAGCAGCAGAAGCGGAUCUUCGAUCUAUGGGGCAGGGAGUGUGUGCUACAUGAAUCAACUGUACAUGGAUGAGGAGGAUGAGGAGGAGAGGAGAUCACUGGCAGCUUCAGGGAUCUCGCUGGGUAAGGAAGGGUACCCUUGA